AUGUUCUCCUAUAAUAGCACAGGAGGAGCGCUCGGCCCAACACAAAUCCGUCUGCUACAUCUAAGUCCGGCGGCGGAUUUCAACGAUCCGGUUGAGUCUCGACUCGAAGUUGUCGCACUUGACCAGAACCCGGUAUAUGAAGCCCUUUCAUAUUGCUGGGGCGAUAAUACUCACCCCCAGGAGAUAAAGUGCAACGAUCAAAAAUUUCAAGCCACCGAGAAUCUUUUUUCUGCGCUGCAGCACUUGAGGAACAAAGAUACUGAGCGAACACUAUGGAUCGACGCUAUUUGCAUCAAUCAGCAAGAUCUUCAGGAGCGCCAAUGCCAGGUGAAACUCAUGGAAGCUAUUUACACCAAAUCGGACAGAGUGGUUAUCUGGCUUGGUCCCGAUCCCGCCUCUGAUGGAAUCCACCACAUAUUCGCGCUGAUGCAAACAACUCAAAACGUUACAAGCCUCGAGCUGGGCAAACCCAAAUUUAGUGAAGGGAGAAGUAACUUUCUCGCUAUCAAUGUCCUCGGGUUUGAUUCCAGGCCUCAAGGUGGUAGCACGAGUGCCUCGGACGUCACGGAAAGGAAAGACUUUGUUAUGCCUGACGAAGCCAAAAAGGGCGCAUUGGCUAUGUUGAAGCGGCCAUGGUGGUCAAGGGUGUGGACUGUUCAAGAAAUGGUCUUAGCCCCUAGUGCGAUCAUCAUGUGCGGUAAUCUAGCUGCUCCAUCGCUAGAUAUCAUACACGCAUGCAGUGAUGUUUUCAAGCACAUUGUCCGCAUUCUUGCUGCUGGCGAUUCCGAAAAUCUUCGCGAUGCUAUAGACAUAGCUUUUGACCCCGACGGCAUGCUAUAUGUUGCCACUAUGCGAUUGCAUGGCAGCCUCGAUGCAAAAAUGGAGCUUGGAAUCGCCACAUCAACGUAUGGUAUCGAGCCAGACUACAGCAUUUCCACUGCAGAGUGCUACACACGUGCAGCUUUCAAUAUCAUUUCUGGUAGCCGUUCAUUAGAUAUUUUCGGCGCUCUACAAAGGCCUUCUUGCGUGAAAGCUACACUGGCUGGCCUGCCUUCAUGGGUCCCUGACUGGAGUUAUGACAUGUCUAGUAUUCCGGAGGAAGAAAAGGGUCCCACUUAUGCGAAUAACCCUAUCAUAAGGGAAAACGUCCGGAACGCACUCUAUCUAGAAUGCAGGGACUUUUUCCCCAAAUGGGAGGCGUCCAAGUCUAGCACGCCAUUCACUGCACGACUUAUAAACGAUGGCAAAACGCUGAUUCUUAGGGGUAUCAUUGUGGAUGAGUUCACUUCUCUCGGGCAAAGAUUGGAAUACCCCGAUCCGGGAUCAACAGUAGCAUCUAAUAACGCAGUCACGAAAUCGAUUCGAGAAUUCAGACUAUCUCUCAAGGUGUUCGGAAUUUUCGGGGGAGUGAUGGAUACAAUUCAUGGUUGGAGACAUCUGGCUUUCAAACCCAAAAUUCUUAGGACGAUGCCUGGUGAAACCCGUAUGGACGCUUUCCUCAUAACCAUGUUAAGCGAUCGAGUUCUUCUCACUGCUGAUCGACGGGAAGUGCUAGACUCCCUCGAACAAGCAAUGAAAACAACCUUUGACAUGACCAAGAGUGGAAUUGUUUUGAACCAGCUUCAUAUUUCACAUUUCUUACCAAAGCUCUAUCACAAUCUCCUUGGAUACAGGAAAUUAAUGAGCAUAGAUGUGAGCGAACCAAUGGGGUUCGGGCAUGCUGUUUACAACCUACAAUGGGCCAUUGACCAAAGAAUGGCGACGACAAGAUCGGGAUAUCUCUGCAUGGUUCCUUGGUCUACUCGAGCAGGUGAUAGAAUUGCCCUACUUCAAGGUGGAAGGACGCCGUACGUGCUGCGGAAGGUUGGUAAUAAAUGGAAGAUUCUAGGAGAUUGCUACGUUCACGGAAUCAUGUCUGGCGAAGCAUGGAGUGAUGACAAGUGUGUUGAUAUUGCGAUAGUUUGA